GGUAAAAAAAAAAAACUACGAAUUGACUGAGAAUUAGUAAUUUGAAACAUAGUGUGGGGUUGUCUACUAGGAAAAGAGAGAAGAAAAAGAAUUUGAUCCCAUUGUGACGAACCUUAAGAACCCGUCACUGUCAAUCUUGAGUCGCAUGCGUCAUAUUAUGGAUGAUUGCUCACAAUAAUUGAAAUCCAGGUCCCAGAUGUGGGGUAGGAAUCAAUCUGUACGCUCUCUGUUUCAAAAUUAUUAUCCAAUUUUAGAUUUUAUUUUUAGUAUAAUUUAAACUAGAAAUGAAAAUUUAAACUGGACAAUAAUUAUAGGAAGGAAGGAGUACAAAAUUUCCAUAUUUCUGGCACACAGAUCAUCAUGUAUGAACAGAGUGAAGAAUCUCAAAAAAAAAAAGAAAAGAAAAAAGAUUUCCAUUGCUGUGCACCACCGAUCAAAAAGGCCUUUUAGCAUAAUCCAUCAAUAAAUAGAUCCGAUUUGUCGAGCUCAGCUAGCAAAACACACACACACACACACACACAAAAGCCAUACAUAUCAUCAGUGCUAUUCUCAGAUCCAUCCUUCCACCGCCGCCGAGAACCAGAAAUGGCUGCUGAUAACCCGACGCGAUUCGUCGAACACAUCGUCCUCUUCAAAGCCAAACCGGAAGUUGAACCCGACAGAGUCGACGCCAUGGUCCAAAACCUCCAGAACCUGGCGUCAAUCGAGACCGUCCUCCACUUCACCGCCGGCCCGAUCCGCAAUUUCCGACCAUCCUCCUCUCUCACCUUCACUCACAUGAUCUACAGUCGCUACGCCACCAAAGAGGAUCUCGACGGCUUCGCCGUCCACCCCGUUCACCUCGGCGUCAUCGGACAAACGAAGCCCCUCCUCGACGACGUCAUGGCCGUGGAUUGGUGGCACUCCUCCGACUCGAUAACCAUCCCCUCCGGAUCGGUCCUGAGGGUGAGUUUCUUGAAAUUGAAGGAUAAUUUGGAGGAGACAGAGAAAAAUCAGCUGUUGGGGAUAAUUGAGGGAUUGAAAGACAAAUUCCCGUCGAUUCAGGAGCUGAGCGUCGGCGAGAACUUCUCUCCGGCCAGGUGCAAAGGCUUUUCGAUCGCCUCCGUGGCGGUGUUUAAGGACGCCGGAGAAUUGGAGAAAUUUGAUUCGGAAUGGGAGGCGGUGGCCAGCGAGCAGAGAGAUUUGAUGAAAGAAAAGGUGGAGGAUGCUAUUGUGUUCGAUUAUGUGAAGCCAUAAUUAUUCUACCCAACCCCUGGGCUUUCAUGUAUUUUUGUAUUUGUACUUUAAUUAAUUGUCUUGUGUUUUUAUGUCUUAUUACAUCCUCUCCUUUCACUUUCUACUAUUGAUAUUGUAUUAUGGUUCUAAAUGUAAUAUUAGUAAAGUUGAAUCUGAUCUUUUGUUCUGCGGUACCAAGUUCUACAACUUGAUUUAGAGUGUAGUGAUAUUUGAUCUCGCGAGAUUUCGAUAAAGUCUCUUCAUACUUAUAGCAUUUACCAUUAGAUCAUUUUACGGAAUUACUCCCUCUGUUCCAAAAUUAUUGUCCAAUUUGAGAUUUCACUUUUAGUACAAUUUGACUAGAAAUGAAAAUCCAAACUGGACAAUAAUUAUGGGACGG